AUGACAGCUGCCUUACAAGCACUGAAGAGAAAAAAGAGGUAUGAGAAACAGUUGAGCCAAAUUGAUGGGACGCUCUCAACCAUUGAGUUCCAGAGGGAAGCAUUGGAAAAUUCCCAUACCAACACAGAAGUGCUCAAGAAUAUGGGUUAUGCUGCUCAAGCUAUGAAAAAAGUGCAUGAGAAUAUGGACUUAAACAAAAUUGAUGAUUUGAUGCAAGAUAUCACUGAACAGCAGGAUGUUGCCCAGGAAAUUUCAGACGCUAUCUCAAACCGAGCUGGCUUUGGCGAUGAGUUUGAUGAGGAUGAGUUGAUGGCAGAAUUAGAGGAACUGGAGCAAGAAGAAAUGAAUAAGAGAAUGACUGAUGUCAGACUGCCAAGCGUUCCAUCCACAUCACUGCCUUCUCGCCCUGCAUCGACCAGGAAGAGAGCGGAAGAUGAAGACGAAAUGAAGCGGCUAGCUGCCUGGGCUUCGUAAGAGUGUAGUUUUCUUAUAAAAGUGAACAUCACAACGCAGAUGUAAAGUGCUGUAAUACUAUUUUAUAGCAUUACCAACUCAGUGUGGUUGCAUUUCAUACAGACUGGGUUUUCUUUUUUUUUCUUUUUUUUUUAAGACAGGUCUUGCUAAAAAGAAUUGUGUGUCUUCCAUAUUGCAGAACUGGUUUAAAAACAAAACUGGCAAAACUCCCUAGCCCUCCAAGGCCUAAAGGUUUUCCAGCCUUGGCCAGAGGUUUGUUUUGUUGUUAGAAUGAUGGCACUACGAGGGUAUUUUUAUCAGUAUCAACUUUUCUUAGGUAAUAUCUUACUACUUCUUGCUAUUUUGUGAGAACUGUAUAUCCCACUUAGGCACACACAGCUGGAUUUAUUAUUGAAAUGAAAGAGUUCAACAGAUCUUCAGGGCCCUGUCCCAGUGCAUCAAUUGAUUCAAGAUAUUUGAAUAUUAGCAAAACAGCGUAAUGCAGGUCUUGACUUGUGAGCUCCUUUGAGUUCAAGAGCUAAUAGCCAUUCAUUUGGGCAUGUAGAUUUAAUCAGUCUGCCUGGAGCACCUUAAGGUAUCCUAGAUAUAAAGAGGAGACCCUUCUAAAGAGGUUUUGAAGGAGAGAGAGUUUAUUUUCUUCAACUUUGGCCAGGAACACAUGUACACUUAUACAGCCAGUCAUGUUUCAAACUGUUUCUGAUUCAAUUAAAGAACAGUUUUACUGUGGUUGGGGAAAACAACUAUGUCCAGGUUUUUAUUCUAGAUCCCUGUCAAACAAAAUUGAUUUCCAGUAACCCUGUCAAAGAUCCAGAACCGUCCAGUGUUCCUACUUUCCACAAUGCCUUUCUAGGGUGAGUCUUCACUUUGAAAAUACCCAUCCUCAAAGGAAUUAAUAACACAAUUUUGGAUUAUACAACUUUAAAACAGUUUUCAUUUAUGAAUAUUCAGCUCCUGUUUGUGUUCGAUUCCUGAAUGGAAAUGAUAUCCAAGUGUUAUAUUUGAAAUGUCUUUUUAACUCUGAUUAAAAGCUGGCAGACUAUUCUGAAUGCUUGUAAAGCUGAUGUACGUUAUUGCCUAGCUGACUACUUUUGGACUUGUGGAAUAAAUGCCACUCUGAGUGCUAAACUACUGUAUAUAUAGAGAAGUCACUCUUCAAAUGCAAAACAAAAAUUAAAUAGACUACUUUGUACGAAGAAGUUGUAUUAAAUAAGACUUAAGGUUUGUGCUAUUAGCUUGCUGUCAAUCACAAUGAAAUAGUAAAACACUGUGGACUCCCUAGGAAGUUGGGCAGCAGAGUCACACUGGUCUUGGUUUCUUGUUUUCAAAUUAAUCUAAAUUCACUGGUGACUGAACCACUUGGGGAAUAAUGGGAGACUUAGUGUCUGUAGAUCUGUAGAAACAGAAGACUGGCCACUUCCUGUGGUGAGCUUUAGCUUGUGAUUUGCUGGGUCUAGCAGAUGGCUUCAGCCAGGUACCUACUGUAUUUUAGGUUAAGCAUAAACCUUAGUGUGUGUGUGUUGUGGACAUGGCGUGCUGGCAUGCUCAGAACCUUUCCAGUUGAGUUUCAUGGACGAAGCCAAAAAUUUACAAACACUGUGGAAGUGACUUUCCCUUUUUCAAGACUCUUUCAUUCUCUGCAGUGGAAAUGCUUUUGGUUUGCAUCCAUAUGAAUGGAGAAUUGAGCCUUGCCAAUUUAUUUCAGAUAAAUUUCCUAUUUGGAAAAGAUUAAGUGUGUAGUUCCACCCUAAAGUUUGGAGGCACCAAGAAGAUUAUGCCUUUCUGUUGAGGGAAAAGAAAAACUGGAAAUAUUCCAUUUUUCUUUUAAAACAAGAAAUUUAAAACACUACUUAAAUUUAAAAAUAUAUUAUGAACUAUCAGUAGGAAACAAAAUGCUAAGAAAAUGUCAUUUAGUUUUAGUGCUUGCUGAAAUUCAGGAUAAGAAGCCAGCCAGAAGCCUCAUUGACAGUCAUAAUUAGUAAAAUAACAAAUAUUCUGAGUUAUUUAGAAUCCAUUUGCUAAGCCAUUUGGCUGGGAUCCCAUUUUCAAGGUUAAAGCCAUCUAUGAAAGCUUCCGAAUUAGGUACAGAAAGCAUUAGUGUACACUGAUUGCAUAACUGUGCAAGACUCACUGACCACGUGCUUAUGAACACAUCUGUUAUUUGUAAAUGUGAGUGAGGCCGUGCCAACAUAGUCACAUGCUUAGCUUGGAAAGGCUGGCUUCUAGCAUUUGUUCUUUGUCAAAUUAGUGGUUUUCCAACACUUAGCGCUUAGGUAACACUUACUGUAUAUAAGUGUUCGUACUACAGACUAAUCAAAAUAUGUAUCUCAGCUUCCAGUUUGAAACUAAAGUGAUUUUUCAGUCUGUUUUGGAAAAUGUGGACCUGCAGCUUUUGUGCGAGUAUGUUCCAUGUGAACCCAGCCCACGAGGAAGAAGAAAUCAUAGGGAUAGCCUUCUCCUUCGCAAGCUAACGCGUGACUGCCAACCUCCCUCGAUGGUUUGGCCAAAUGCUGAUUCUGGGAAGCUUCAGGUAUCUUCACCUUGUAUUGAUUUCUCACCAGGCACUUUAAGAACAAAACUUGUAAAGGAGGGGGAAUAGUAACCAUGCUCAUUCAGCUGAGCUCCUCUAAAGGCUCGAGUACAAUGGCAGGUGUUUCAGGAGGACAAAGUCAGAGGCUAGGACACACUUGAUUUGUGAGGCUGUUCUGAGAAGUACUACAGUCAUGUAUACCAAUCAAAAUAUAGCAUAGACUCCCAUAAGUGGAGUGCUUGUUGCCAUAUUUGUGAGACGGUAGAUCGGUGUUUUUCCUUCAAAAGCAAUGGAGUUAGAGGGAUUUACUUUGGCUGAGGAAGCAGCUCUUUUCUGUGUAAAGUCAGAUGAAACUGUGACAACUGCCUCUUUCUUUUUUGAACAUAUGUCUCUUUUCUGUGCCAAGAUGCUGUUUGUUCAACAUGUAAGCAGAUGAGCUUGAAUAGUGUCAAUGUGUUAUUGUAAAUGUACUCUCUAUUAACUCGGACGUAUUUUACAAGAGGACUCUGGAAGCAGAUGGUGUGCUAUAGCUCACUUCUUUUCCUGAUUCUUAUUUAUUUUGGAAACCUUUUCUUCCCCUGAAAGGCUUGGACAUUUUAAUCUAGGUAUCAUCACAAAGGGAAAAGUAUCUUAAUAAAAAGUAAAAAAUUUAUAUAUGUGCUGUAAAU